ACUCCUCCAUGACUGGUCUCCACCCCCCGAGAAGAGAAGAAGAAGACCAUCCCGGCGAUCCCACCGCGCGCGCGGCUGACGAGAGUGGGAGACAGGAUAAAGGGCGUCGGUUGCAGUUAGGUAGGAGAUCGAGGUCUCGCCCUCCCCCACGCCCGCACUAAAGGCCACCGCUUCCGCCUGGCUGCCGCCAAUCUUUCGGGGUUUGGACCGGCGCGCGCGGCUUCCUGCGGUGGGUAGUGGUGGUGCUAGACUGCGUGCGUGAUUGCAAAGGGAGGAGAGCCAGGAGGAGAAGCCAGAAAGGAGAGAACUGAAGGGGCGAAUCAUGAGUGGAACGGGGUACACGGUAGAAGUCACUAACCUAUCAAGCAACGCAUCUGAAAGUGAUCUUCACGACUUCUUCUCAUUCUCUGGCCCUAUUGAGCAUAUAGACCUUAUCAGAUCAGGAGGAUAUGGUUCUACUGCUUAUGUGACUUUCAAGGAACCCUAUGCCUUGGAAACUGCAGUAUUGCUGAGUGGAGCUACUAUUGUGGAUCAGCCGGUCUGCAUAUCUCGCUGGGGACAACCUGAUGAGCCUUCUAAUUUUUGGGGCAUGCCAACUUGGCAACCUGAUGAGCCUUCUAAUUUCUGGGACAGGCCAACUUGGCAGGCCGAGGAGGAAAUCGUAUAUAGGGACUAUCAAGCAUGCCAGUUCAACUCCACUCCACAGGAAGCUUUCACCGUGGCUCAGGAUGUCGUGAAGACGAUGCUGGCGAGGGGAUACAUACUCAGCAAGGACGCUUUGUCGAAGGCUAGAGCUUUCGACGAGUCCUACCAGAUCACGGGGUCUGCAGCAGCAAAGGCUGCAGAGCUGAGCAAGAGAAUCGGUCUAACCGACAGAGUCAGCGCCGGCUAUGGUGCGAUCAGAUCAGUGGACGAGACGUACAACGUAUCCGGGACAACCAGGACCGUGGCGAGUGUGACCGGAAGAACAGCAGCAAAGGUUGCGAACGGCAUCCUGACCAGCAGCUACUUUUCCGCAGGAGCUAUGAUGGUGUCCGAGGCUCUCACCCGGGCUGCCAAGGCCGCUGAAAACUUGGCUGCUCAUGGCCGGCAGAAUUAAGUGGAUAUAAACACGCAGUGCAAUACAGUCAGUUGUUUCAGUUAAGCAAAAAUCAGUUGUCCAGAUACUAGGAUUGAUGUCAAGGUAUGAUAUUUACGCGUCAUUCUGUCUAUGGUAUAUAAUAACAGUACUGUACUAGCCAGAUAACAACUGUCAGACAACAAAUGUUGCUUGAACAAGCUAUAUGUGCAGAACCCAUUCAGGUGAUCGUGCAGUCAUGUUUCUUA